AACAAAUAACAAUUCGUGAGUAAUGUUUGUUUAUUUAUUUAUUUAUUUACCUAUAGUGUUUUUAUAUUUGUUCUUAUUUCAAUUAUUGUUCAAUACUGUUGACUCGAUUUAUGUCAAAUCUUUUUGUCUCUGUUUAUAAAAUAUUGUUGACAUUGUCUUAAUGUCAAACAUGUCAACAACAUUGUGUACACUAUCUUUGAAGACAUGCUUAAAUCUUAAUUGUUGGUGAUUGCUGAUAAUAUUUAUCCCUUAUAAUGGCAAGUUUAUUUGAUAUUGAAAAUUUAAUAACACACGUUGGUCCUGAUGCUGUUAAAAUAAAACAAGAACCAGGUUUACCAGAAAAAUCCUCAAACGAAAUAUUGACAGAAUUAUUUAGUACAUUUGAUACUGAUGCUGAGGCAUCAACAGAUUCAAAAAAAUCAGAUGACGAUAAUGACGAUGAUAAUAAAUCAAAGAAAAAGAAAAAAAAAAGUAAAAAAAAACACAAACAUAAGGAUAAAAAACAUAAAAAAAAGGACAAAAAAAAUUCAACAGAAAGUGAUACUGAAGCUGAUCAUGAUGGAUUAAAAAGAAAAAAAAAACAUAAUAAAAAAUUAAAAAGAAAAAGAAAUUCAAGUGAUUCACAAGAUUCUGAUGAAUUAAAAAUUAAAAUUAAAAAAGAGCCAAUUGAUGUACCAGUUGUUGAUUCAAGUGAAAAUCAAAAUAUUGAUAAUUUUGAAAAAUUUGAUAUUCCAAAAAGACCAACAAGUCCAGUUUUACCUUCAGUUUUAAAAAAAAAUAAUGACGAUAAUGAUGAAACAAUUAUUCCAAGAUUACUUGAAAAAUCAGAUCAAUCAAUAAAACAAAAAAUAUUAAUAAAAGAUUUAAAAAAUAGUGUAGUUUAUAAUAAAACAGUUGAAGAAGUUGAAAAUAAAGAAAAAGAAAAAGCAGCAAGAAUUGAAGAUGGUGAAAUAACUGACAGUGAAAAUAAUGAUAGAACACCAACACUAAGUCCAUCACCAUCAAGAGAUUCAUAUGACAUACCUGGUGAUUCAUCAUUCAGCUGGUCUCGAAUGAAUUCACAAAGUCCAAAACGUAAAGAUACAAAUGAUUUACGUUAUGUAUUAAAAAAAAAAGAAAAAUUAAAAAAAUUAGAAGAAAAAAAAGGUUCAAGAAGUAAUAAUUAUGAUGAUGAUAAUGAUGAUGAGUAUGAUGAUAUUAGAAGAUCAAGAAAAGAUAGAUCAAGAUCAUCAUCAAGACAUAAAAAAAAAUCUAAAAAAUCAAGAAGCCAUGAACGUGAAAAUCACAGAACAAAAAGUAAUGAAAGAAGAAGAGAUAGAAGUUGUGAAAAAAGAUCAACAAGAAGUCGUGAUAGAAGUAGAUAUUCUACUACAUAUUAUAGAAAUAAUAGUGAAGAUAGAAGCUGGGAUAGAUACUCCAGAGGAAGAAGUAGAAGUACAGAAAGAAGAGAAAGAAUUGAAAUUGAUAAAAAAAAAUUAUUAGAAAUUGCAAGAAAAAAUGCAAUAACAAUGAUUAAAAGAGGCACUUUACCAUUGGCACAGCAGGAUAAAGCAAUAGCAGCAAUUCAAGCUGGUGGAAAAAGUGUUGAUGAGCUUAUAGAUUUUUGUAAAUCACUAUCAAAAUCAGAAGCACUAGGUGAAUUAUCAAGUGUAUCAUCAGAUGAAGGUGGUGGUAGUGAUACAGGAAGAAAUUUCCAUCAUCCAUUUCUUUUAAAAGAACGUCCAAAUUCAAUAGUUAUGAAUAUCCGAGACUCAAAACAAAUACCAACAAAAACAUUUCAAGAACGAACAACAGAAUCAUCUACAACUUUACGUUUACAAUUUCCAGUUUCAUCUGGACAACAACAUAGAAAAACAGAAAAUGAAUGGGUAGAAGUUGUACCAACUCCACCAGUACAAAUUGAAAAACCAAAGCCUAAAAAACCAUUUGUACCAGCAUCAACACCAACACCAACACCACAAAAAUUUGAAAUAAUACCACCAGUAAAUUUCGUUGAUAAUAAUCCAAUGAUAAACUCACAAAUUCUACCAGUUCCAGCUCCAAUGCCUGUAACAACAUUUCCAACACCAGCAUCUCUUCUUCCAGGACCAUCAGUAUUUCCUCAACCUGUUGCUGAGAAUGUCGAUAUUGGAAGUAUUGUUUCUCAACGUCUUGCAGCAAUGAGAAAAUUACAAGAUAAUCCAAAUGACGUACAAGCAUUAAAUCAAAUGUAUCAUGCUCAAAAUGGGAUGAAAUAUUGGGCUGAGAGUAAACAGAUGCCAGGUCAAUUUACUGGUAGUACAGGUGCUAAAGUAUUGACACCAGCUGAAUUAACUUCUGGUUAUCAGGCAUGGGCAAGAAAGGAUCAAUUGACAUCAGCUGUGCCUGUUUCGGGUGGUAUGGGUAUGGCAUUGUUGCAAAAAAUGGGAUGGAGACCUGGUGAAGGUUUGGGAAAAAAUAAAGAGGGUACAUUGGUACCAUUACAACUUGAAGUUAAACUUGAUAAAAAAGGUCUUGUAUCAGAGCAUGAUGUGAAUGUUAAAGUUCAAAAAACAAUGGGUAAACCAGUUGCACCGAUUGUUAAAACUCUUGAAGGUAAACAUCCAGUCUCAUUGCUAGGUGAAUAUUGCUCGAAGAAAAAAUUUGCUGGACCAACUUAUGAGCUCUGUUUUGAAUGUGGUCCUGAUCAUAAGAAAAAUUUUCUUUUCAAGGUCAAAGUUAAUGGAAUCGAAUAUAAACCAAGUGUUGCAAGUCCAAAUAAAAAACAAGCAAAAGCUGAAGCAGCUCAAAUUUGUUUACAAACACUUGGAGUUUUUAUAUAAAAUUGUAGAAACAACAAAAUUAUACAUAUAUAAAUUUUUUAAAUGCUUUUAAUAUUGUUUUUAUUAAUUUAUUUUUAAUUUUUUCUAGACAACUUUUAAAAAAGAAAAUUAUUUUUAUCAAAGAGAUUUCUGUGUUCACUUUUGUCAUCACAGAUAUAUUUGCAGGGAUUCGCAUAUUUGGCGUCAUCAAAAUAUCAACGCUUUGGAUAGAUUCGUUUUUGGUGGGCUCUUGUUUUUAUAUUUUCCAUCUGGUAAUAUUCGUUAUUAUUAUUUAUUCAUUGGAGAAAUUAAUUUUCAACGUUAUUCUAAUUAAUUAUUUCAUAUGAAUUUUAUCUUAUUAUUGUAUAAUUUGUCAGUAUUGUUGAGAUGAUUUCAGGUGAUCUGCAAAAAAUAUAUUAAAGAUUUAACAUUUAUUUUUUGUUCGUUUUUUUUUUCAUCAUUGAACUAUUGUCCUUUCCAUUAUAAUUAAAUGA